UCUCAAAAAUGAUUUGUUUUAUACUACUUUAAUGUUUUAAUAAAUUGCUACGACGACAGUCGGGUCGAAAUUUACUUGGACAUCAUCAUCUUGACGAAUUCUUCGUAGUUGAUUUGUCCAUCGCCAUCGAUAUCGGCUUCACGGAUCAUUUCGUCCACUUCUUCGUCGGUCAACUUCUCGCCCAAGUUGGUCAUGAUGUGGCGCAAUUCGGCGGCGGAGAUGAAGCCGUUGCCGUCCUUGUCGAACACCUUGAACGCUUCCAGGAUUUCUUCUUCCGAGUCAGUGUCCUUCAUCUUGCGGGCCAUCAUGGUCAAGAAUUCGGGGAAAUCGAUCGUGCCGUUGCCGUCAGCGUCGACUUCGUUGAUCAUGUCUUGGAGUUCGGCUUCCGUGGGGUUUUGGCCCAACGAGCGCAUCACCGUGCCGAGUUCCUUGGUCGUGAUGGUUCCAUCGCCGUCCUUGUCGAACAAGGAGAAGGCUUCCUUGAAUUCAGCGAUUUGUUCUUCGGUAAGUUGAUCGGCCAUGGUAAAUUUCAAACUGACUGCAGAUCCC